AUGGAGGACAAACGCAACAUCCAGAUCAUUGAGUGGGAACACCUGGACAAGAAGAAGUUCUAUGUAUUUGGUGUGGCAAUGACAAUGAUGAUCCGUGUCAGCGUCUACCCGUUCACCCUCAUCCGCACCCGACUGCAGGUUCAGAAGGGCAAGAGCCUUUACCAUGGGACCUUUGAUGCCUUCAUCAAGAUCCUGCGGGCAGAUGGUGUGACUGGUCUCUACCGGGGGUUCCUGGUCAAUACCUUCACUCUCAUCUCUGGCCAGUGCUACGUCACCACCUAUGAGCUCACCCGGAAGUUUGUAGCUGACUACAGUCAGAGUAACACAGUCAAAUCACUGGUGGCUGGUGGCUCAGCCUCCCUGGUGGCCCAAAGUAUCACAGUGCCCAUUGAUGUGGUCUCCCAGCACCUGAUGAUGCAGCGCAAGGGUGAGAAAAUGGGCCGCUUCCAGGUGUGUGGGAACUCAGAGGGACAAAGGGUGGUUGCUUUUGGCCAAACCAAGGACAUCAUCAGGCAGAUCCUGCGGACUGAUGGGCUUCGAGGCUUCUACCGAGGCUAUGUGGCUUCACUACUUACCUACAUCCCAAACAGUGCUGUCUGGUGGCCCUUCUAUCAUUUCUAUGCUGACAUUGUCUUUCCUCUGAUUCCAGAGCAGCUCUCAUACCUCUGUCCUAAGGAAUGCCCUCACAUUGUCUUUCAAGCCAUCUCAGGGCCCCUGGCUGCAGCCACUGCCUCCAUCCUCACCAAUCCCAUGGAUGUCAUCCGAACCCGUGUGCAGGUUGAAGGCAAGAACUCCAUCAUCCUGACCUUCAGACAACUGAUGGCAGAGGAGGGGCCUUGGGGCCUCAUGAAGGGGCUCUCAGCCAGAAUCAUCUCUGCCACACCCUCCACCAUUGUCAUUGUGGUGGGCUACGAGAGCCUCAAGAAGCUCAGCUUACGACCUGAGCUGGUGGAUUCUAGACACUGGUAA